CCGGAUGUUAUAUUUGAGAAAUUAUCAGACUACAGAAACCCUUUCCAUAUGGUGAGAAAAUGUGAUCCCUGUUUAACAAAUGUGUGAGUCUAAGGGAAUAAUGUGCAAUCUGUGAGAUGGAAACAAACCAUUCUAAGCCUCCAUCUGUAAAAGUUCUUAAGCAAAUGUCCAUCACAAGGCAAGACUUAGAAAAAUCGUCUGACCGUUUGGCUGACAAUUUAUCUCGUCUGCAGCAGGACAAUGCAGAGCAGAAGCAGGUCAUUGAAGAGAGACUGUCUGAAGUUCAAAAAGAGCAGAUCACAGCUGAACAAUUACUGCAGUCUGAUUGGUCAAACCGAUCAGAAGAUCAAAGCAACAAAUCAAAUGGUGGAACAAUAAAGAAAGGCUUGAGAAGAGAGCCUACUAUUGUCAGACAGUUACGACAAUGGACCACUUCAGAUGUGAUACGAUGGCUAGAGAAAGAAGGACUGCACAAAUUCAUUCUAACAUUCCAAAGACACCAUGUAAAAGGAGAAGACCUGGCAGAAAUCAGACUUCCAUUUCUGGAUAAUUAUGAUCAUAUAAGUGUUAGUGACAAGGAACUAUUGUUAUCACAUGUAUAUGAACUCUUACGACUGGAAUCAGAGGAACAAGACAAUCUGGAACAAUUCACAUCACCAUUAGACCGUGAAAAGUACAUAGCUGCCAGACAAAUUUCAAAAGAGGGAAGAAGGUCACCAGUCAUUUUCCUGCCAUCCCAUAAUUCCACACCAUCUACUUCACCAUCUUCAGUUGUCUCUUCACCCCUAGCAAAGUUACGGAAAUGUUCAGAUCCAAUCGUCAUGUCAGAGCCAUCUUCAGGGUUCAGACAAAGGAAAGUGAAAACAUUAGAAAAACCUCCAAGGAAGAAGAAACAGGUAACCAGCAGAUGUUCUCUGUUUGAACUUCUUGGAAAUCAAGAAAGACAGGAAGUCAAGUGUGUCUGUAUCCAGAAAUAUGGCAAUCUGUUUGGCUUGACUCUGCACACAGACUCUUCUGGUAACUUGAUGGUUGUUAAAUGUGAAGACAGCUUAGCUUCACUGUUAGGUUGCAGAGUUCUUGAGCUGAAUGGUUAUUUAGCAAGUCAGUUGAUUGAUGACAUAUUUUUACAAAGUGUCCUGAAUGACAGCCAAGAACUGUACCUAGUUGUCUCUCAAGAACACAUAAAUAUGUCAGAAGAGGACAAAUGGGAGAAAUUGAAACAUGUCCUGACAGAAAUGAAAGAUAAAGACCCUGAAGACAUAGUAUGUAGUCUUUCUGAUGAUGACCUUGAUGAUUUAAAGGAGAAAUUUACAAUGCAGGAAGAACUAGGGAAGGCCAAGGAAGAAAUAGAUGAUUUAAAGCAGCAGGUUGCAGAGUUAUCAGAACAGCUGAGCUUACAGACCAAAGUAAUGGGUGAUAUGAAGGAACAGAGAGACAUUGCUCUCAGAGAUAAUGUCAGAAAAAGAUUUAAACGACAUGUUUCUGGAGAGACAGAGUACUACAAGAUGACCAUGGAGAGUCUGAAUGUAGAAUCUGCUACAAAAGAACAAGUAACAGAUUCUCUUAAAGAAAUAGUGAAAGAAGCUAGUCGCCAGAAAUUCUACUUGGAUCGUCUGAUUUCUGUUGUUAUUGAAGAAUCACCAUGGAUACUGGACCAAGUAGAUGCACAGUUUGAUGAUAAUUCUCUAGUCAAUCAGAGUGAAGAAUUUUGUUGAAUGUUAUUCAGUACAAUAGUAACUAAAGAUCAUUGUAAUGAGUCAUUUUUUGAACCCUGAAUUGACUCUCUCUCAAAAAAAUAAUAGGAUUAUAUUUUGAUACACUUUUUAAUCCAACAAACUUAUUAUCAGACUCGAUUAUACUGAAAGAAAUGAUUGUAUACUAAGGGUAUAACUAAUUAUUCAUUUACUUCUCAUAGUAGCUCUGCAUUGUAGUAAACCAGUACAAACUCCCUGGAAAGGGAAGUAACUUGUACUAAAAUUAAAUUUUAGAAUUGAUUCCAGAUUCAGGAAAUGACUUAUUAAAAAAGCAUUGCUAUAAAUUCUGAAAUUAUUGCGAUGGUUUUAUUAAUAUGAAUGAUGCGACUGGGUGGUUAUGCAAUAAUAAGAACUCAUAUUCUGAUAUCAGAUAGAUUUAAAUGUAUGGGGAUUACCUGAAAUCGCAAUAAUAAGUGCACACCAUAAUUUCUGAAUUUACAGUAUAUAUAUUUUUAUAAAUGUUGACUCUAAAAGAUCUGAAAAUGUUAUUAUUUGUAGUGUAGUGUUUAUGGUAAAGGGUAUAAAACUAUACAAUAUAUAGAUAAUUACUUAAUUUUAUAUAUUAAGAAUGUUUUUUAAUGAAAAAAGAAAUAAAUGGUUGUUUCAUAAAAAUAUUUUUUCACAUUAAACUUUUUAAACAUACAACUAGAACAUAAAUUAUUAUCAAAUAGUUUUCUUAUGAAAAACACCAUUAUCUUUUAUAUUUAACUUAAUUAAAGGUAUCAAUCAUUUCACAGAUGCAUCCAAGUCACAACCAACAAUGUCUUACAAUGUCUUACAAUAUUUUACAAUGUUUUACACUACAAAUUCUCCAAAAGAAAAUUGAUCUGAUGUUUUAUUUAUUAUAUAUGUUUAAAUCAGUUUCAUAAGUUUGAUCAAUUUCAUAUAUGUCUUUUUACCCCAGUGUUCUUAAAAACAUUUUUAACACAUAUAUAAGUGCCUUAGUUAAAUAGAGGUACAAAAUUUUAUGAGAGGAAAAUUUGCUAAUUUUUUGUAUGUUGUUAGUCCAAAUAAUAAUGAUGUCUUGAAAGGCUAUUUUGAUUUUUGCUGUGACACCUUCAUACGUCCUCAUUAUGCUGAUGCUAUUUUUGUCAAGACGUCGUAAUUAUUUGGGACUAGUAUGUUAUAUGUAAUGUUUGUUGAUUGUUGAAGAAUUGAAAUUGUUAUAAAUUGUGUUGAAAUUAUAUUGAAGUUAUACUGUUUAUUUAUAAAAUUAUUAUAUUGUUGAAAAUUAAUGAAAUAUUUAUUCAUGAUCUUGUGCUUUUGUUAAAUAGAAUUUUAAAAGGGACCAUGUAUAUUUAUUAUUUUUGUAACAUAUAUCUCUCAUAUUUAAAAUAAGGGCAAAUAAACUGUUUUUCAUGUCUUCGUCACAUUUUAUUUUUUCCAUGUCCAAAAAUAUUGUUACGGCAUUUUACUUUGGUUUACAGUUUAAAACAUUUAAGUGUUAACCAUAUUUCAUGCAUUAGGUCUAUUAUGUUGGGUUUGUUACAGGAGCUUUUAAAAUAUUAUUAGCUGUUGAAAUGAAAGUUGUUCAUGUGAGACACUUUGUUUUCACUUAAACUGCAUUAAAUACACAUGAGUUCCGAGUAAAUAAUUUACCAUCUGAAUAGAACCAACUACUUGUGAAAAGAAAGGUUAAUAUAUGAAUGGUCAAAGCUGUAACAGUUGAUAACAAUCUCAAGUAACCCCAAUUGUGUUUAACCAAUACAUUUUUGGAAUAAAAUUGAGAAUGGAAAUGGGGAAUAUGUCAAAGAGACAACAACACGACCAAAGAGCAAACAACAGCCGAAGGCCACCAAUGGGUCUUCAACACAGCGAGAAAAUCCCACACCCGGAGGUGGUCCUCAGCUGGCCCCUAAAAAAAAUUGUGUACUAGUUCAGUGAAAAUGGACGUCACACUAAACUCCAAAACAUAUAAAUGAACUAAAAUUAAAAAACAUACAAGACUAACAAAGGCCAGAGGCUCCUGACUUGGGAAUGGCGCAAAAAUGCGGCGGGGUUAAUUGGAAGUUUUAACAAAAGAUAUUUUGUUUAUCAUAGAAAUUGAGAGUAAGGAAAUCAACCAUAUAAUUUAACUACCAUUUCUUAUUUACUUUGAAUAAAUGUAAAACAGGCUCAUUACCUACUUUAUAUGCAUAUUUCAUCUGUAUUACAAGUUGUAAAAUGAUUUUUAAGCAUUAAUGAACUCAUGACAAGCAUUUAUUAUGUAGCUUUACAUACAGAAAAUUGCAUUUUGUUUCAUGCUUGAUAGCUCAUCAUGGUUGGAAAAAUAUUUUCAAAUGGAUGCAUGGAAUAAAUAUUAUCUUCCAUGUCCUAGAGUGUAGGAGAACCAUAUUAUUAGUUUAACAUUGCCUUAAUAAAUUUUUUUUGAAUAGUGCCAAUAAAGCACACCAUUAUUUUUACUUGGCCUAUGUAUAGAUCUGAUUUGUUAUAGUUUAUUUAGAGUAUCUACCAAAGUUCAGACAAAAGGAGGUGUUUUUUUUAAAAAACUAAUCUAGUCUGCAGCUGUAUGACAUAACAUAUUUUAUUAUUAUCUAGUCCUUAUUUUACCAUAUGUUGUAUUGUAUAACAGUUUUUGUAUAAUGUAUAACAACAUAUAUCUGUUGCAGUUUUUAACGAUAAAAUUUGUUAGUUUGGGAAAGGUAGUUUUAGUGAUACAAAGGGAUUCAAUAUUUGUAUGGUGCAUGCAUUGCUAUUUCAUCUAUAUGUUCAUUUCUUUGUUUGUCAAACACUUAAAAAAAAUUGUAAAAUACAGUGGAUUCAUUAAUAUUUUUUUGGGUACCAAUUUUUGUGGAUUUCGUGGGUAAAGGUAAACUCAGAACUUAAAAGUUCAGUGAAGUAUCAUUUUUUUUAUAGACUUAUCCGUAAAAUCAAAUAUCCACGACUAAAAAGUUUUUCCUUCAUCCAUGAAAAUUGGUACCCACAAAAAUAAAUGAACCCACAGUACAUUAUAAUAUAACAUGGGAUCACUAGCCAGUCAACACUGAUGUUGUGAGAUCGAACCCCGCUUGUGCAGGUGCACUCGACUCCAAUCUUAAUUGACUAGGAUUGUCAGUUUUCCUAUCGAAGGUCGGUGGUUUUCUCUGGGGACUCCCGCUUCCUCCACCCAUAAAAACUGACUGCCACGAAAUAGCCCAAAAGUGAUGCUUAAAAGUGGCAUUAAAACACCAACAAUCAAUCAAUUAUAACAUUGGAACAAGUUUUCAGAGGAGGUAUUAAGAAUGGAUCUAUCUUACCCACACAUUAAAUUUGCCAUGAUUUUUAUUAAAUUGACAUUCUGAGUCGUGAUAACUGUUGCCUGAUUUUCUUUUUUUUUGUUGUAAACUCUGUUCCCUUCAAUAACAUUUCCACUAGAUUUUGAAUUUAGCUGUCUUGCCAUUUGUAAACCAUUAUUUAACCAAUGAUAAUUUGACUUAUAGAAAUCAUUUAAUUUACCAUUUUUUAUUUUCUAUAUUGAGAGCACACAAGACAAUACAAAAUCUAAGAAAAAGGGAUAUCUGAUCCCUAUUUAAAAAAAUACUAGUGUUCAUACAAAAGAUUUAAAUAAGAGUAGGGAAUAAAAAAUUAACUUAAGUUUGUUUUCUUCAUUCAUGGUUUUCAGAGACAAGAUUAUGAGUAGCAUCUUGACUGUUGCUGUUGUUUUUGCUAUUGUGUUUAUGGGAAAAAAAGUGGAAUUAAAGUUCAAUAUUGAAUUUGGCCAUCUUUAUUGACAUUUGGUGUAAACAGAUAUACCAUAUUCCGAAGGGGUAUUUACUAUAUGUAUUAUACAAUGAAGACGAAUUUUCCUUUGCCUACAAUGGCUAAGGAAAUUUUACCAAUUUGACUGAUAUUUUUUUGUAAAUUCCCCUCCUGAAUAUGUUAUAUCUGUCCAAUAUAUUUGUUGAAGUGUAUCAAUAACUUAUUUACUGCAUUAAGGAUUAGUACCAGUAAGAGGAACAUUUUUUAGUAGGAAAGGUACAUCCAUUCUACAGAUAAAUGAGUAUAUGUAUGAUCGAUGGCCUGCUUGGCUCUUCAUUUCAAACAAAUCCCUCAUCAUUUGCUAUACUGUAAAUUCAGAAAUUAUUGUGAUGUUUUUAUUAUUGCGAAAAAUGUGACAGGGUUAUAAUCGCAAUAAUUUAAACUUGCAUUUUGAAAUUUUUUAUAUAAAUUAAACCGGAUUUUUCUCAAUAUCGCAAAAAUUAAAAUCGCAUUUUAGUCUAAAAUGACAAAAUCGCAAUAAUAAAUGCACGCAAUAAUUUCUGAAUUUACAGUAUUUAUUUUCAUUGGUCACUUAAAGAACUACUGUAUUUGUCAUCUUACUGCCAAAAAGCAAUAUUUUUUGUAAGGUACUUUUAUUUUUUACAAUGAUCUGUAUGACUAUUUAUACCUGUAAGUCUUCCAAACUUGUAUAAUUAUAUUUUUAUUAUUUAUUAAAAUGAAAAUGUUAUUAGUAAAAAUAAAAUACAGCAAAGUUA